GAAUAAAAAUGUAAAUUUCUUACAUUCCCCAAACCUUUAAAUGAUAAUGUAACAAAAAUAUCGAGCAGCACAACUGUUUUCAACAUUCACAGAAAUAACUUACAAUUUAACAGAUAUUCAAAUAGAAAACAGCUGCUUUAAAUCAGAAUAAUAUUUCAUUUCAGUUUUUACUGCAUUUUUGCUCAGAUCAGCACAAAUCAUGUGUGUCUGCGGGCCGCUGGAGGUUGAAGGGCCUGUGACCUGCGCUCAUUUCCAGGGAAACUCUCAUCUGACGAGGAACUAUUGCAUCUGAGUCUCGCAGGAGGAAAUUGUUCCUGAGCGCCCCCCGUUUCCAGGGGGAACUUUUAUAGGGGGCGGAACCAGAGGGGUCAGAGGUCACGCCAGUCUGUGACUGUGAAGAAUGAUGAACUAUAAAUGAAGGAGUCUGUGAGGAAUGAGGACCGUCUUCAGUCUGCAGGCCGUGAUGCUGAGUGACGUCUGAGGGGCGGGGCGUCACUCACGGCAACAUCUCGCUAUGUGUGACAUCACUGUGAUGCUCCUUAAAGGGCCGGCGCAGCACCUGCUUCGCCACAGACCCGUCCUGAAGUGUACAGGACAGAACCGUGACAGUAACGUGAUCCAGGCACUGGACUGAUAUUCAUUUUCUGAUCGGCUCUCAUUAGAAACAAGGAUGGUUUCUUCAUCUUCUCUGAACUUCAGCUCACCUCUUCAUCACACUCUCCUCCUGCUCCUCAUCAUCACUGUGGCAACACAGGUAGAGGGACGGCCGUCACCACGGCGACCAGAUGCUCAGGUCCUGCAGGAUCUGUUCGGGCUGAAGAUCAGCUCUCUGCUAUUGGCUCAUCCAGAGGUCAGCGAGGGGUCAGCAGACGAGGCUCCGCCCCCAUCACGCGUGUUCCUGGAGCUGCUGGGCCGUCACAGGAAGCUGCAGGGGCGGAGCAGGAAGGGCGUGGCGCGCGGCUGCUUUGGGAUGAAGGUGGACCGGAUCGGGGUCAUCAGUGGACUGGGAUGCUGACGCUCUCAGGUGAGCAGCUGAUCUCAGACCUGCGCCUGUAGCAUCACAGAUCCUCUUCUGUUGGAGUCUGGGUUGUUUUAGCAGCUGCUGGAUGAUUAUUUCUGUCAGA